GUAGCCAAGUUCCCGGGACGUGGAAGGGGUCGGUGCAGCGAGGGAGCCUCCCAGUCCCGCUGAGCACCAGUGGACAGGGACUCACCUCAAGCCAUGGACCCCUUCGGUGCUGUAACCCCGAAUUUCCUGGCUGUACGGACAGCUCAAUUCUCAUCCGGAGGGAGCCUCAGAAUUCUAGGGCUAGGCAACCGGAAGUCUACGAACCGCUCUGGCCCGGCAGCCUGGGAGAGGGAGACCGAGUCCUCCGGGGCUGGCGCAUGCGCACUCGCAGGCCCGCUCUUCCCGGAAGCCCGAGCAGAGACCAGUGGGAUUCCUGGGCCCAGCUUCCUUCUUCUCGGUCGCGGAGUUUUUGUUCUACCGGAUUGGCGUUUCCCAGCUGCUGCCACUGUCAGUGAGAAGCAUAGCCGGCAAGUUUCCUGAGUCAGGAAAUGGUCCAUUAAAAUAACGCUCCUCAAAUUUGAACUUGCAGCGGAAUCUUUCGGGGAUCUUGGUAUAAUGCAGCUCGGGAUUCGAUUGUUAUUUUGUGUCAGUAAGUAAUCCAUAAAGUGCCAACAUGGGAAAGAAACGGACAAAGGGAAAAACUGUUCCAAUUGAUGAUUCUUCUGAAUCUUUAGAACCUAUGUGCAGACACAUUAGAAAAGGAUUGGAACAAGGUAAUUUGAAAAAGGCUUUAGUGAAUGUGGAAUGGAACAUUUGCCAAGAUUGUAAGACAGACAAUAAAGUAAAAGAUAAAUCUGAAGAAGAAACAGAAGAAAAUUCUUCAGUUUGGCUGUGUCUUAAAUGUGGCCAUCAGGGCUGCGGCAGAAAUUCUCAGGAGCAGCAUGCCUUGAAGCACUAUAUGACGCCGAGAUCUGAACCUCAUUGUCUGGUUCUUAGUUUGGACAACUGGAGUGUAUGGUGUUACCUAUGUGAUGAUGAGGUCCAGUAUUGUAGUUCAAACCGAUUGGGUCAGGUGGUUGAUUAUGUUAGAAAACAAGCCGGUAUUACAGCUCCAAAAUCAGCAGCAAAAGAUAGUGGUAAUAUUGAACUUGAAAAUAAAAAACUAGAAAAGGACAGUAAAAAUGAACAAGAGAGAGAAAAAAAGGAAAACGUGGCUAAAGAAAAUCCUACCAUGAAUUCUACUUCCCAAGUAACUGUGAAAGGACUCAGUAAUUUGGGAAAUACAUGUUUCUUCAAUGCAGUUAUGCAGAAUUUGUCACAAACACCCGUGCUUAGAGAACUACUAAAAGAAGUAAAAAUGUCUGGAACAAUUGUAAAAAUUGAACCACCUGAUUUGGCAUUAACAGAACCCUUAGAAAUAAACCUUGAGCCUCCAGGCCCUCUUACUUUAGCCAUGAGCCAGUUUCUUAAUGAGAUGCAAGAGACCAAAAAGGGAAUCGUGACACCUAGAGAACUCUUUUCUCAGGUCUGUAAAAAAGCAGUGCGAUUUAAAGGCUAUCAGCAGCAAGAUAGCCAGGAGCUGCUUCGCUAUUUAUUGGAUGGAAUGAGAGCAGAAGAACAUCAAAGAGUGAGUAAAGGAAUUCUUAAAGCAUUUGGUAAUUCUACUGAAAAAUUGGAUGAAGAGCUAAAAAAUAAAGUUAAAGAUUAUGGAAAGAAAAAAUCAGUACCAAGUUUUGUGGACCGAGUAUUUGGUGGUGAACUAACUAGUACAAUCAUGUGUGAUGAAUGCAGAACUGUCUCCUUGGUUCAUGAAUCGUUCCUUGAUUUGUCUCUACCGGUUUUAGACGAUCAGAGUGGUAAGAAAAGUAUAAAUGAUAAAAAUCUGAAAAAGACCAUGGAUGAUGAAGAUAAAGAAAGUGAGGAAGAAAAAGAUAUUAAUGACAGUUACAUAAAGGAGAGAAAUGAUACUCCUUCAGGAACAAGUAAGCACUUACAGAAAAAAGCAAAGAAGCAAGCCAAAAAGCAAGCCAAGAACCAACGAAGGCAACAAAAAAUUCAAGGAAAAGUUCUUCAUUUAAAUGAUGUCUGUGCCAUUGACCAUCCUGAAGAUAAUGAAUGUGAAGUUGAAAUGUCACUUCAGCAAGAAGUGGAUAUUAAAUCCAACCAUAUUUCACAAGAGGAAGUUAUACAUAAAGAAUAUUGUGUUAAUCAGAAAGAUUUGAAUGGCCAUGAAAAAAUGAUAGAAAGUAUAACUGACAAUCAAAAAUCCACAGAGGAAGUAGAUAUGAAAAAUGUCAACAUGGAUAAUGAUCUGAAGGUUUUGGCAUCUCCUGCUGAAUGUACUAGGAAUUUAAAUGGUGCCUACAUGAUGGAAGGGAGCAAUGGAGAAGUGGACAUUUCCAGUGGAUUUAAGAACCUUAACUUGAAUGCUGCUCUUCAACCUGACGAAAUAAAUUUAGAGAUUCUGAAUGACGAUCAUACUCCCGGGACGAAAGUAUAUGAGGUUGUAAACGAAGAUCCAGAAACUGCUUUCUGUACUCUUGCAAACAGGGAAGCUUUCAGUACUGACGAAUGUUCAAUCCAACAUUGUUUAUAUCAGUUCACCCGAAAUGAGAAACUUCGAGAUGCUAAUAAACUGCUUUGUGAAGUGUGCACACGGAGACAGUAUAGUGGACCAAAGGCAAAUAUAAAAGGUGAGAAGAAACACGUUUACACCAACGCUAAGAAGCAGAUGCUAAUUUCCCUUGCUCCUCCUGUUCUCACUCUUCACUUAAAGAGAUUUCAGCAGGCUGGUUUUAACCUACGCAAAGUUAACAGACACAUAAAAUUUCCAGAAAUCUUAGAUUUGGCUCCUUUUUGUACCCUUAAAUGUAAGAAUGUUGCUGAAGAAAAUACAAGGGUACUAUAUUCCUUAUAUGGAGUCGUUGAACACAGUGGUACCAUGAGGUCGGGGCAUUACACUGCCUAUGCCAAGGCAAGAUCUGCCAACAGUCAUCUCUCUAAUCUUGUUCUCCAUGGUGAUAUUCUACAGGAUUUUGAAAUGGAAUCAACCAAAGGACAGUGGUUUCACAUCAGUGACACACAUGUGCAAGCUGUGCCUACAACUAAAGUACUAAAUUCACAGGCUUACCUCCUAUUUUAUGAGAGAAUACUGUAACAAUUUCAAAAAGUGCUUUCUCUGGAAACAUGUCUAUGGCUUUUAUAAUGGCUGUAAUAAUAAAAAAGACUAACUGUAAAUCAUGUUCACUUAAAAUUAAGUACAUGCCAGAAGAAAUGUUUAUUGAAAUACUGAAGGGAAAAUACCUAAAAAUUUACAGUGGUUUUGUAUUGUCACAGUGGUUUUUAUUCCUGCUUCCAGUUUCUGGAAAGGACUCUGAAUUACUGAAGUCCUCUGUGCUUAUUAAUAUGUCUGGGUGGUGGUUUGCAACACAUCAAUAAAAUGAAUUACCCCCAAAACUUGUUUUAUUACU